AUGAUCAGCUGGACCGGCCUCUUCAUCCUCUGCGGCGUCCUCAAUCCUGCUCUCUGCUGUGAUUGGCUCAGACACUACGGUCACUACAGCAACAUCUCUCUGACUCUCAUCCAGCUCAUGGGCGGUGAGCUGACUGAGGAGGAGAGUCCAGUUUCCUUUCCAUACAGACUCUACAGACAGAUACGAAACACUGAGGUGGAGUCCCAGCUGGUUUUCAUCCGGGACGGUUUGGAGCUGAUCUCCGGUCUCUAUCUCCAUGACAACCUCUCAUCCGUUACCUGGAAUACAGAGAAGAUGACACACUUCCUGAUGAGCUUGAACAGACAGAUCGACGGACUCAACACCUGUGUGUCAAUGAACAGCACAGCAGACAACAGACUGAGCGGAUACUACAGGAGGCUGAAGACCAGGACUCUGUCCCACACUGGUGGGAGCACUGCAUCCUGGGAGCUGAUCAGGAAGGAAACUAAACUGCACCUGGAUCAGUUGGACCUGCUGGUGGCCUCCAUCAAACAUUCAUCUGCUGCCAGCAGGAGGCGCUCUACAACAACUCCACACCAACAAUGA